AUGGCGGGUGCUGGGCUGUUCGUGUUUCUGCACGCGGAGAUGGUGGCGGAGCUGGGGGCUCGCGACACCGACCCCGGCCCUGGGGGACAGAAGAGGAGCCUGUCCGUCCUGGAGGGCACAGGCUUCCGCGUGGGCCAGGCUCUGGGCGAGAGCUCCACGCACCAGCCUGGCCCAAGUGUCUGCCCUGCCCCCCAGGCUGCCCCCGGAGACGCCGGCCUUCAGGGAGGAGCUGGAUGCCCUAAAGUUCCUGUGCAAAGACCUGUGGGUGGCCGUGUUCCAAAAACAGGUGGACGGCCUGUGCACCAACCACCAGGGGACCUACGUCCUGCAGGACAACAGCUUCCCUCUCCUCAUCCCGAUGGCCCUGGGCCUGCAGUACCUGGAGGAGGCACCCAAGGUAAGUUCCAGGUGGUGAUCCGGAAAUCCUGAGGGGCCCCAGGCCCCGGCCAGCCGAGCCCCACAGCUGCCCUGGCCCUCAGCCCCCUGGGAGACAGCACCCGGCUUGGCCCAGGACCCCCGGGCCACUGCCUUUGGGGCUGGUGGUGGGGACACCAUACUCUGGAGUCAAACGUGCUCAAGGGGUGGGUACCAAAGGGAGGGGGUGUCACAGGAGACAAUAAAGGUUGUGUGUGUGGAAUCAGAGUC